GAUCGGCUGCGACGGCGGCGGCAUUUUUAGCAUCCAGCGGCUCUAGAAACCGCACGGCCGUCGCCGCGUCGCCUGCGCCGCAAAGUCGCGAAAUAUUUUUCCCCGCAUACACGCACGCGUACACACACACACACAAACGGGCGCGCGCGCGCGCGACCGGCACCACGUACAUUGGCCAUCGUCUCCGACGAAUUUGAUAUAUUUAUUUUUUUAAUUUUUCGUCACCGGAUUUUUGCCCCCUCGCCGGGUUCUUACGAGACGCCGGCACCGAGGAUCUCGCCCCGAGGAAAGGACGAGGACGGCGGCAUCGCCACUGAUAUAGCGCGCUAAAAUAUAGCUGCCGCAGUCGGAUCCGUCACACGCCCAAUGCGUCGGUGGAGUCUGCAGAGUACGAUCACCAGCUAAUAAACAAUAAACAGACUUCUAGUUUGUCUAAUUUUCGGUAAAAAGCCGGUCAUUGAUGAACCACGUUGAGACGACAACCACAAGACGUUCUACUGAGUGGAUAUAUACCGUGACGACAUGCAAUUGGCCGACGGGUAGGACUUGGUUGCGAGUUAUCGACUUUGAAGUGAUACUGCCACGGCUACUGACUGCACCACUGUCUUCACUGAGUAAUCGGAUUGCGCUAUUUUAGUAUUUUACCACGAUGGAACGCAACAGAUUAUUUCUGGAACCACGGUUGUAGCCGGAAUCGUAAAACUACGACUACGACCACGACCACGACCACGACCACCACCACCACUCGCACUAGUCGAAUUGCGAUCCAAUCGUCUCUUGUGGAUUUAUGGAAGCGGACGACGAUGGACGCGACCCGGCGGCGGUGGCGAAGACGGAGACGGAGGCGGCGGUGGCGGCGACAACUGCGACCGGAAAUGACGACGACGACGAUGACUGUGGCUCUCCCGGGGGUGGCGAAGAGUACGACGACUAUCUGGACGACUUUCUCAAAAAGCUGUGCCGGGAACGGGUGACUGCUAGCGACCAGCCGUGCACUGUAAAGCGAGUAUCGGUCCAGGUGGAGUCUGUGCCGUAUGGGGGCGUCCGGUACGGGGGGGUGGAUGAGGUGAACGACAACGAAGCGGACGCGGACGACGACGAUGACGGUGCAUCGACAGCAACUAUGACUCGUAAGCCUAAAAUACCAGAUGGCGGCUGGGGCUGGAUGGUGGUAUUUGCUUCACUGAUGAUCUGCCUCAUCUCGGAUGGCAUCAGCUUCUCGUUCGGGUUACUAUACAUCGAGUUCCUCAAGGAGUUCCAAGAGAGCAAGUCCAAGACGGCGUGGAUCGGUAGCCUGUUCAUGGCCGUGCCUCUGAUCCUGGGCCCGGUGGGAAGCGCACUGGUCGACAAGUUUGGGUGUCGGAAGAUGACCAUCCUGGGAGGUGUAAUUUCAGGCCUGGGAUUCAUCAUAUCGUCGUUCGCCGAUUCGAUCGAGAUGGUGUUCUUCACUUUCGGAUUCCUUUCUGGGUUAGGCUUGUGCCUAUGCUACGUUACAGCCGUCGUCAGCAUCGCGUACUGGUUUGACAAGAAGCGCACCCUAGCCACCGGGCUGGGCGCGUGUGGCACCGGGAUCGGCACGUUUCUAUAUGCACCAAUGACCCAAUACUCGAUCGAGGAGUACGGCUGGCGGGGCACCGUACUUCUGUUAGCUGGCACGUUUUUCAACUUUUGCGUGUGUGGUGCUUUGAUGCGAGACCCCGACUGGCUGAUUGCUGAACAGAAGAAACCAGCGGUCACCAGUGGGCACUCCGGAGCCGUCACCGCCAAACCCUGGACCGACACCGAGGAGUCCAUCGUCGAUCACUGCCCGGUGGUAGGUGUCGAGAAUGAAAUAGCUACUCCAUCCACUGGACGGACUAAGGGAAUCGAUCUGAUCGCGUCCGAACCGGAUGUAGACGCACUCAUGCAGUAUCCAGGAGUCGAGCAAUACAGGCGCAUGGUGAAAGAAGCUCAGUGCGCCGAGUACAGGCUGACUGGUGUCACCACCACCGUCCGCAGUCCAAUGACCGACGGUGUGCGCCGGCUACCCGACGACAACACUUGUUUCCGGUCGGUCAUCAACUUACCUACAUACCUCAAGCACAAUGAAAAAGUUCCGUUCGAGGUACUCGAGUCGUUAAGUUCCAACAAGACACUGUUCAACUUGAUCCUAGAAAACUAUCCGAACCUGUUGUUGUGCCGGAGUAGCAGUGUGAGCCAGAUGAACAAUGCAUCAGUGGGCAAAGAUCUGUCAGAUACGCGGACGGUCUACAACAAAGGCAAUGGGCUUCGGUCUGACUCGCCGCCGCUGGUCAUGAAGAUGAAGCUAAAACAAUCGAAGAAGUCAAACUCAAUGGGUUCGGGCGUUAUAUCUCCACUAGAAUCGCAGGCUAUUUCACCCCCACAGACUUAUACCGCUGACAAUAGCCCCGAACGACAUCCCAAGGCACAUCACUCGAUGUUGAAGAGACAAUUUAGCACCACUCAAAGCAGCUAUUUGAAGAGUUUACCAUACCACAGGAGCUCCGUGAUGUACAAAGGAGCAAUAUUGAACAUCCAAAAAAAUUCUAUGAAAGCGUCCUCAUGCCCAGACAUAUACAACAAUAACUCUACAUUAACAGUCACUAGCGAACCCGAUUCCAUGUUCCGCAGGCAUAGUUUUGUCAAAGUAAUUAAUCAGUUAUCGAAUAAACGUGUGAAUACGAUACGUCGAGUUAGGCGGAAAAGAUCAUAUUUUCAUCCGAAAUCGUUGAAAAAGGAAUGGUACACCGAAGUAAAAGAGUUGUUCAGUGGCAUCUUAGACUUCAGUAUGUUUUUGGAACUACAUUUCCUAUUCCUGUCAUUAUCCACGAUAUUGCUGUUCACGUGGUUUAUCGUGCCAUAUUUCUAUCUCACCGAUUUUGUAAUGGCUCAAGGACUGAGCGAAACCGACGCAUCUACUAUCAUCAGCACUAUUGGAGCUACGAACACUGUCGGAAUGAUAUUACUCGGCUGGGCUGGUGAUUAUCCAUGGAUGAACGUGACCAAGGUGUAUGCGAUCUGUCUAGUGGGCUGUGGCAUUUGCUGUGCCAUCAUGCCUUUGUUUAUCAGCAGCUUUUGGUCGCUGAUCGUCAUCGGAGCCGCGUUCGGUCUGUUUUUCGCUUCCAAUUUCUCGUUUACGCCCGCCAUUUUGGUAGAACUCAUACCGCUGGACCGGUUCACCACGGCGUAUGGUCUGAUGUUACUGUGCCAAGGUAUCGGCAAUCUAUUGGGACCGCCGUUGGCAGGUUGGGUAUCUGAUUUGACUGGCUUUUGGGACUUAUCUUUUUACUUAGCCGGUUUUUGGAUCGUUUUGUCUGGUGUCUUCAUUGGGCUCAUUCCAUUCACGAAAAAUCGACUAUUGUGGGGCGCUGGCCAAUUGGAAAUCGAACGGGACAGUGUUAGGUCAUAAAAAUAUACAACUUUAUCUUAAAAUAUAUAUAGGAGACCUUAGAAAUGUCUCAUAGUAUGAGUUAUAUUCAGCUCAUUACGAUAUAAACGUAAACUUGUAAUAUGAGUUGUUUAAACAAUUCUUUUUUGAGUGUUCUCCUGUGAUGUACCUAUAUAACUGCGAAACCGCUAUCAACUUUAAUCGGAUAAAGUGUUUGAAAAUAGUUUGUUGGAUUAGUGAGGAAUGUUGAAAUACAUUUUAAUUGAAAUGGUUUGCUUAAAAUGUUCACUGAUAAAAUGUCAUCUAUCCAACAUAAUGAAAUAACCAAAUAAUAUCCUAGAUUCUAUUUUAGUAUAUUUUAUUUUCGAUCAAGUCGUUGAAAAUAUUCUUCUUUUUAAUUCGAUAUCUAAGUAUCAAUUUUUUAAACGUAGAUGAAAUAUUUAAAUAUUUUUAACAUUCCGGUCAAACUCAAACCAUACAUAAGGUUUUAAUUAAUUUCAAGAGUUCGAAAGCAGAUGUGAAGACCACAGCUCCGCAAAUCUUUAAAAGGUUACAUACAUGUUUUAUGUAUGGAUAUUUGGCAGUAUUAAAGGAAGGCAGCUAAUAAAUUAUGACCCUCUAAUAUUAUUAUUUAUUUUUAUUAUUAUUAUUAUUAUUAUUAUUAUUAUUAUUAUUAUUAUUAUUACUAUUGAUUUUGUAUCUUACUGUCGUAAAUUAUUAUCUUGUUAAAUUAUAGAAUUUAUAUUUUUACUGAAAUACCUAUUUUACCAAAUGUUGUGAAUUUUGAGUUGUGUUAUUUAUAUAUUUAAUAUUUUCAUGUUAAUAUAGAUACAUAUACUCUCGUUAUUAUCCUUCUGAAAUUAUAAACUAUGUGGAAAAUCGUCUCGUGUCCCCUGUCUCAUUAAACCAAUUAGAUAUUAGAUAAAUUGUUUUAGUUGCCCGUUUAUAAUAUAUUUCGAAUCACACUUAAAAGCCCAUAAACGAAGAAAUGUAUAAGAUUUUAGAACGUAAGACAAUCAUGUUCAUCUUUUAUUUUCUGCCCGUCUUAAUAAACUGAAUUGUGUUAGUUGGAUAGUAAAUUAUUAUUUAGUAAAAGUUUAAAUACCCAACGAUUGACGAUUUGUGGAGCAAUAUUUUUAGAAUUUAAGAAACGUGUCAAAAUACUACUGAUUUAUUUUUAUUCGAUGUAUGAAUAAUAUUACUUCUUACUGUAUAUCAUUAGCAUAUUAUUAUUGUUGUUUUUUGUCUUUUUAAUAUUAUUUGGCUCAAGUAUAUAAUUGUAAUACUACGAUCUUCCAUUUUUGAUUUUGUAUGUCGGUCGAUUCUCAUCGUUGAUCAAUAAAAUGUAAGCGUGCGUAUAACGUAUAUUGUAGCUGUUAUAUAGAUAUUUAUUAUAUUUAGCAUGUAAUUUUUAAAAUAUAUUCAAUGAAUUUGAUAAAGUUCGUUUUGGACAAAUUAUCACAAUUAUAUCGUUGUUAAAUACAAUAUUUACAUCUGUUAUUUAAAUAAUUAAAAUAUUUAAUCAUAAAAGA